AUGCUAGGCAUGUCCACUACAAAAUUACAUGAAGGAGGCGAGUAUGAACAAACUAAAGGUACUGAGAAGAGAUGCAAUGAGAGAACAACAAGUAAUCCAAAACACCAUUCAUCUCUGGAGUUUACUCCACGGGUUGGUGCAAGAGAGUCUAUAUUUCAUACUAUUGACAGGUUGCAUGAUACUUCAGAGUCCAGUAUUGACCCUUUCCAGAGUCCACUACUUAAAAGAAGUAAAAGUCUAAGCCUAAUUUCCAGACGACCUUCCUUCCUGCGGUUGGGUCAACGAUUGAAAAAGUCGAAGUCCGUUCAUUUUGAUAAUGAAAUGGAAAAUAAAUUACCAUUUACCGACAAUUCCAAUAAAUUAGAUAUCUAUCUGGAUGUCAGCACGUCGUCUGAAACUCUUAAAGAAGUUUCCUGUGCUUUUGAUAGCGUAUCAAAGCCAGAAGUAGCCAAAGCGAGGGAUACAUCGUUGUCCAUUCAAACUUUUAAUAAGAGGCUCGGCUCUCUUAAAUUAAUACCUAAGGACCAUCAUCUUUCUGCUGAUACGUACCGAACUUGUCCAGAAGAUUCUGGGGCUCUGGUAAGUGUAUUUGAAGAAAUUGUCCCAUUGGCAAAUAGCACGCAGAAGACUAGCUCAGAGUUAAUGGAGCAUGUCAGUGCAGAGAACAACCAGCAGCUGAUUGAAGUAAAAGAAAAGAAACUAGAUACAACCAAUACAGAGAAUAUACAACUCAAAAACAAAAUAAAGCAGUAUGAAUUAGCCCUGGCAGAAUCCGAAAGACGUGUCAAUGAUAUAAUUGCUCAGGUGGAGACAAGAACAUUCGAAGCCCUACAAUUGAAGGAGCAAAAUUCAAACUUGUCUAAUGAGUUAACAGAUGCACAGAAUAAACUAACAGAAAUAACAUCUAUACUCCAGUUAGACCCUGAUUAUUCAAGUUCUGACCCAGCAAAAAGUGCUAGGAAAUUGGUUCAACAAAAGGAAGAUUUGCAACGUCAACUAUUGGAGUUUAAUGAAACUUUCAAUACAGAAAUGGUAAAGCUCAAGAACGACCUUUAUACUCUGGAAAACGAGCUUCACCAAUUCAAAAAAAACUUGAAACAAAUACUUUUGAAACAUGAAGGAAGCAAAGAUUAUUUUGAAGAAGACAUCGAGGCUGCGAUUGAAAGGUUCAUUAUCGAUGCAACGAAAUGGAGAGAUUCUGCGGGUCAGAAUAAUAAUGAUCCUAGCGGAAUUGAUAAAACUUGGAGAAAUCAAUAUGUCUCAGCUGCCAAAAAAAUCAAGAAUUAUGAGGAUGAAAUCAAAGAUCUCAAGUUUGAAUUGAAUUUGCAAGCCGACCGAACAACUAUUUUAACCGAAAAAGUAGAGCAGAGUUGCAAGGCAGAUAAUUGCUUACGUGAAAGGAUCAUUGAGCUCGAAAAGCAAAACCUACGUCUUAAAUCAUCACAAGCAGAUAAUCUUGUAAAUCUGAAGGUUUUCGAAGAGUUUGAAACUGAAAAUAAGCAAGCUAGUUCCAGAAUAGAGAGCUUUAUUCAAGACAUUAUUCUGAAACAAAGAGCCUGUCAUUCUGCAACUGAAACCCAGUUGGAACUUAUGGCAAGUCGCACCCAAGAGUAUUAUGCAAAAUUAGAUCUGAUUGAGCAAAGAAAUAAGGCAGUUAUGGAUGAAAACAAUACUCUUAAAGAUUUAUCAAGAACUUAUUUGGGAGAAAUUUCACACUUAAAAGCAAAGGCACAAGAGAAGUCUAGCAGAAUUAAAACGCUAAUCAAGACAAAUAAAACUUUGGUUCAAGCUCAUUCUACGCUUAUAUCAAGAUGUCUUGAUACUCUUCGUCCUGUGCUAACUCCAGAUGCUCUUCUUCAACUUAAUAUUGAUCACGAGGCAUUAUUAAGCAAAGAUAGAUUUUCUGAAAAAGACCUUGUAUUGUUUGUAAGGGUGAUUCAUCUUUUAACUAAAGGUAUUUCAGAAAUGGUUGAACAGAAUGUUUUAGCUUUGAAGGCAUCAAAUAUGGAAUAA